CGUCCCACUGCGCAUGCUCUUUGUGCUCGGGUGGGGAGCGCUGGGACUGGAGCCGGGCGUCGGGCGCGAGUCUCCCGGGGCUGGGGAGACUUCGGUCUGACGCCGGCCACGCAGCGGCAGGGGAGCGGACACCAAGACGGCGGCGUCCUGGAGACCCCAGAGCGAUGGAAGCGGCGCCGGCGGCGGCCGACGAGGCGGGGCUCGAGGAGCUCGAUAUGGAUGUAAUGAGGCCCUUGAUAAAUGAGCAGAAUUUUGAUGGGUCAUCUGAUGAAGAACAUGAGGCAGAGCUUCUGCCUGUUCAGAAGCAUUACCAACUUGAUGACCAAGAGGGUAUUUCAUUUGUGCAAACUCUUAUGCAUCUUCUUAAGGGAAAUAUUGGAACCGGCCUGUUAGGACUUCCAUUGGCAAUAAAAAAUGCAGGCAUAGUGCUUGGACCAAUCAGCCUUGUGUUUAUAGGAAUUAUUUCUGUUCACUGUAUGCACAUAUUGGUACGUUGCAGUCACUUUCUAUGUCAGAGGUUUAAAAAGUCAACAUUAGGAUAUAGUGACACUGUAAGUUUUGCUAUGGAAGUAAGUCCUUGGAGUUGUCUUCAGAAGCAAGCAGCAUGGGGACGGACUGUGGUUGACUUUUUUCUGGUGAUAACGCAGUUGGGAUUCUGCAGUGUUUAUAUUGUUUUCUUAGCUGAAAAUGUGAAACAAAUUCAUGAAGGAUUCCUGGAGAGUAAAGUAUUUGUUUCAAAUAGUACCAAUUCAUCAAAUCCAUGCGAGAGAAGAAGUGUUGACCUAAGGAUAUAUAUGCUUUGCUUUCUUCCAUUUAUAAUUCUUUUGGUCUUCAUUCGUGAGCUAAAGAAUCUAUUUGUACUUUCAUUCCUUGCCAAUGUUUCCAUGGCUGUCAGUCUUGUGAUAAUUUAUCAAUACGUUGUUAGGAACAUGCCAGAUCCCCACAACCUUCCAAUAGUGGCUGGUUGGAAAAAAUACCCACUUUUUUUUGGUACUGCAGUAUUUGCCUUUGAAGGCAUAGGAGUGGUCCUUCCAUUGGAAAACCAAAUGAAAGAAUCAAAACGCUUUCCGCAAGCAUUGAAUAUUGGCAUGGGAAUUGUCACAGCUUUGUAUGUAACACUGGCUACUUUAGGAUAUAUGUGCUUUCGUGAUGAAAUAAAAGGCAGCAUAACUUUAAAUCUUCCCCAGGAUGUAUGGUUAUAUCAAUCAGUGAAAAUUCUGUAUUCCUUUGGCAUUUUUGUGACCUAUUCAAUUCAGUUCUAUGUUCCAGCAGAGAUCAUUAUCCCUGGAGUCAUAUCCAAAUUUCAUGCAAAAGGGAAGCAAAUCUGUGAAUUUGGGAUAAGGUCCUUCUUGGUUAGUAUCACUUGUGCUGGAGCAAUUCUCAUUCCUCGCUUAGAUAUUGUGAUUUCCUUUGUUGGCGCUGUGAGCAGCAGCACAUUGGCCUUGAUCCUACCACCUUUGGUGGAAAUUCUUACAUUUUCUAAGGAGCAUUACAAUAUAUGGAUGAUCCUGAAAAAUAUUUCUAUAGCAUUCACUGGAGUUGUUGGCUUCUUACUAGGUACAUAUGUAACUGUUGAAGAAAUUGUUUAUCCUACUCCCAGAGUUAUAACAGGUACUUCACAAAGUCCCUCUCUAAAUUGGAAUUCUACGUGCUUAACAUCUGGUUUGAAAUAGUAGAAGCAGAGAUAUUAGUCUUUUGUCUCAAUUCUGAAAAUAAUUAAAAUAAGAACCAGUAAAAUGCAUUGCUAUAUACUAAAAACAGAACCAAAUUCUCUUUUCCUUUGGUACAGUAUUAAUAUUUUGGCAGUAAACUCUUUAAUUCUUCACCAGCAUUUGGUAAACCAUGGCGGAUCCUUGGUGUUUAGUAGCAAUAAGUUUUUAAAAAUUAGUUUUGAAAAUUGAAAUAUUAAAAAGUAAAAUCUGUUAUUCUUUAUUUCUCUAAUAAAUUCUUUAACCAAGAUUUUUCUCUUUACCAUCAUGCUACUCUUUUUUUUUUUCUCAUGCUACUCUUUUGCCACUCGGUUGACAAGAUAUAGGAUUUCAACAAUAAGAUAAAUUGGGACAUAUGUAACAAAAAAUCUCCAGAUUAUCACAGUGAAUGUAAAAGUAAGUUGUAUAAUGUAAAAUAUGUGAUUGCUUUUAUUAGAGAGCAAAAUACUUAUAGGAAAGCCCCUGGAAGUAUAGGAAACUCCUAUUAACCAUAAUGUAAGCAGAAAAUCACCAAAACUGGAAUUAUUUUUACGCUAUAUUGUAAUGAUAGUUGGUCUUCAUACUAAUUAAGAGGCACUAAGCAAGAUACUGUCUUGGUGUUUGAAUCAAAUUUAAGAGGGUCUUUAAAGAUUUUCCAAUACAGCUCCCUUAUUUUUCAGUGGAGAAAAUGGAGUCCCAGAAAGUUUAAGUAACUUGGUCAAGACCACUCAUCUUUGAGAUCAAGAGAACCUGAUUUUCUGACUCCCCAGCUAGGAUUUUUUAUUUUUCACAUAACAUCCAAGAAGAAUAAAUUAUGUUUAGUUUAAUUUAAAUGUUGAGUAAUUAUAUUUUUAUACUUCAAAAGUGAGUGUGUGAUCGUUGGAUAAUAUACAUGACAUGAACAUAAAGUUAGAAAACAGAAUCCUACACUACAGCUUCAUAAAUCUCAACAACAGAAAGGAGCAGUGUUCUUUCAAACAGAAUCAAGACCACUUUCUGGUACAACUGCCGGCUGGUAGAAUGUGCUAAGCUACACCAUUGAUGGCUUAAGUGCUCUUUAUGUUUCUUUCCUCAGUUUUGUGGGCACCGUCUUCCUUAAUGGCAGAAAAUAGAUGUUUGUCCAAAUAUAGGAUUUGUAGACACUUUCAGUCCUGUGGCUUUCCUUAUCAUAGUCUCUGUUGAUUGGACUGGGCAGAACCAUAAAAAUCAUGCUUAGGAAAAACUGAAACAGUAAUAACCUAUUGAGACACUUCCAGACUUCUUCCAGGGAACUGCCUUCUGUCACUCCAUGUUCUUUGAACCCACUUACUAACAAAAGUGGAGUAUCUCAUUUGAUGUGGAAAUUUCAUGAUUUAAAAAAUUCACAUUCUAAAACAUAAACUUUUUAAUCAGCCUGGAGGUAAUCCAGUGAUAUCAUCGAGCUAACUGUAGUGAAUAUAUUCUCUAUUUUUAUAUGUAAAUACUAACUUAUUCAGAUAGGUUUUGCUUAUUACAUCAUUAACUGGUCAUCUAUGGGCUGAGGAUUUAGCUCAGUGGUUUCAUCAUCUGCUGCACAAGUGCAAGGACCCGAGUUCAAUCCCCGGUACCAAAAAAAAAAAAAGAAAGAAACUGGUCAUCUAGUAUGAUCCUAAAGAUAUAUCAGAAGCUUUAUUUUGGUACAAACUCAUAACAAUUAGACUUUUAAAAACAUUUACUUUAGGUAUUAUGACUAAUUACUUACGAUACUUUUAUAUCAAAUCUGUUACAUUCAGUCUUUAGUCAUACUAACAGAACAUGGAAGAAGAUAUGGGAGAAUUAAUCUUCAUUGAAACUAAUGUCAUAUAAUCUUGAAUCUAAUAAUAAAUGAGAUAUUUAAACAUUUUAUAAUGGUAUAAAAUGAGUUGAAAAGCAUUGUUUAAUACAAAGUAGCAUUGUUUUUUAUCAGUUGUCUUCACGUAUUUCUAGUCAAUGUGUACAGUUUUAUUUUUCUGUUUUAACUUGUUUAUUUCCAGAUGGAAUUAAUCAAAUGCAAUGAAAUUUAGAGUCAUUGAUCAUAGCAAUAAGUAAUUUUUAAGUGCAACACAAUUUACACCUUGGGCUUUCUUUGCAGUAGCAGUGCUAAAUCAACAUCCAACACCAAAUUCACUAAAUUAUCAAUACUUUAGAUAUAAAGAAGAAGGGUUAAAAAGGAGAAAAGAGAUUUUAUUAUUAACAAGAAACCCUACUUAGGUGCAAAAUGUAAAUAUACUCUUAUUUAAGGAUAUUUAAUGAUAUGUUUAUCAAUGGACAAUUUUUUCUCUGAAAUUUAGUUUUAAUGAGUCAUAACAUUUUCUAGAGAUUUGUAGAGAAAAUACAGUGGACCCUGAAGUUACCACUGGCCUGACAUUCAAACAACUUGGGUUAAUUAGGUUAAUGGAACAUUCGUAUCUCUCAUUAUCUAUAGCAUGUACCCAGGUAAACAUCCAGAUCUCAGCUGUAUUGACUUAGUUACAACCAGCCCUUGGGUACUGAUCGAGUUCGUAAAUCAAGAGUCCACUGUACUUUGAUUCUACCAACUGUUGCUUUUUAUUUUGGGAGCCUGGAGAAAUGAGAGUAAUUGUGAAAUUUUUAUCUGCUUUCUUUUGGUCCAUUGCAUUAUGGCUAAAGUGGCUUCAGCAUUUAUCUGCUGCCACAGAGAAGAAUUCUCUAAAAGUUAAGUUCCCUAGAAUCAUUUCUGCAGCUGAGGUAGUAAAAAGAAAAGCUUUAUUUACCUAUGAUGAACUCUAUUCCAAGCUAGUUUUCUCCAUUCCCUAACACAGCAGAGAAUUUCAGCAGAGUCAAAGUAACCUCAAAAUUCUGGUUUUGAGACUUUUUUUUUUAAUCAGAGGAUCUUUUCCCACAUGGCUAGAUUUCUUCACAAUUAAAGAAGUUAGAGCUAUCUAUCAAAUACAAACAAGUUCUGUAUUAGCAAAUGCCAUAUUAUUUUAGUUCUGACCUCAGUGGAUUCUCUUUCAUUAAAACCAUUUCUGACUCUUGCUUAAACAGUGCACUUAAUAUUUUUUCAAGGAGUUUAUGACAGUAUUAGUUGUAAAUUUUCUAACAGGGUUUGAUUUUCCUCAAUAUUUUCAUAAUAGUCCUGUUUCAAGGUACUGUAUUAUAUUAAUUAAUGUUCUAUAUUAGUGCCAUUUCUACCUAUGGGAACGCACCACAGCUGUCAAUACGGUGUCUGAAUGGUGUGCAUUUGUUUACUGACAUUCUGUCUCUUAAAAAUUAGGUCUUGUUCUCACUUCUUUUUCUUCAUUUAAGGGGAGAAAGAGCUUGAGUAGGUAGCUCAGUGGUGGAGCGUUUGCUUAGCAUGCCCUAGGAUCAAUCAUCAACCCCCCAAAAAACUAUACAGCUAAUGGAAACAAGUAAAAUUAUUUAAUCAACAAUACCAGUGAUCCAAUGAAUAUUGUCUAUUGAGGAAUAAUGUAAUUUAGUAAAAAUAUAGACCAUUAAUAAUGUAAAAUGUUUUUCUAAAAUCAGGUUUACUUUAAUAAUUUGGCUAAACUACCUUUCUCUUCCUAAGAAAAUGUGAAAAACUGAUAUAAAAUGUGCACAGUAUUUCCUAGCAUUACAUGGCUGACUGUAAUAGUUACUACUUUGCCACUAGCACUUACUGGGCCACAAACUUUUCUGAAACUGAUUGGUUUUGACCUAGGCAACAAAAAAUAUAUUUUAGAAAUGGUAUUUACUCCCAGUGAUAAGUGAACAAUUACUCAAAUUGUUUAACUUUCCUAUGAAAAUUAGCUCGUUCCUAUUUGCAUACAUGUGCCCCCUCAAAAAAUACACACAGUAGGAGUCUGUGUAAAGUAUAUACAAAUAUUGAUUUACCAUUUAAAUUGGAUCUAGGAAGAUAUUGUAUCAAAAGUAUCACUCUAAAAUUAUUGCAUUGGAGUUUUCUUGAUAACAAAUAGGAAAAUAUGUGUUUAUAUUACAAAUAAAUCAAACUGUAGAUUUUUGUUUUUUGAAAUAAUUUUUAGUUUGAAUAAAAAAUAUGACUGCAUGUGAGUCAAUUUACCUAUUUUAUUUGUAAAGGUAUGAGGAAUCUGUGUUAAAGUACUAUGACUCUGAAUUUUCAAUAAAAUGUAAUUUGCUUGCA